UAUACAUGUAUAUCUAUGUUUUUAUACGUGUACGUGUACUAAAAUACUAGUAAUUUGGAAUGGCUUUCAAGAACAUUUUUCAAUUUUAUCGGAGAAGACAUUAUCUAAAUUGUUUUAUUGUGACAGGUGUGAUAUUAUCUUUCAUUAUAUGGAAAAAUAUCUACAGUAAAGAACAUGCAAUGAGCCAUAAAGUGAAGAAAUAUGACUCUAAACGAACUAAUCGAAGCAUUGAUGAAAUUCAAAACAAUUAUUUUGGAGAUAUCAAAUUUCAACUAAACAGUUCAAGUUCAAGAAAAAUGGCAUUACUUAAUACUGUAAAGAGAAGACAAAAGGAUCCAUUAGUAAAAAUCGAAAAUCAAGAAAAACGAAAAAAUCUUACUCAAAAUAUAGCCUCUCCUUCGAUUUCAAAAGUUUUAGAUAUAUAUAAUAUUUCAAAACAAGAAUACAUAGAUCAAAAUAUAUGUGCCAAAACCAAGACACCUGGACGAUUCUUCAUUUGUACGUAUACCGACACAGAAGACGUAGUGUCCGGGGUUAUACAACGGUCUGGGCGCUGGGAAGAAGCAAUAACGCAACGCAUUCUAAGCGUAUUGAACCAAAAACAAAAUCAACCAAUAACCUUCAUUGACGUUGGUGCCAACAUUGGUUUUUUCAGCUUACUAGCCGCUUCUUCUGGGCAACCUGUUGUGGCCAUAGAGCCAUGGUAUCGCCAUGUACAAACGUUGUCCACUUCUAUUCAGCUGAACAAGUUUCAAAAACGAAUACAGUUGAUACAAAAUGCUGUUUCAAAUGAAAGAGGGGAAGUUCAGCUUAAUAUAGGCGUUCAUGGAAACCUGGGUGGAGCUAGAUUGAUAUCCGAACGUGAACGUGUCUAUUUCAAAGAAACUAUGACAGUUAAAAAGAUACUUCUAAAUGAUAUAGCUGCAUUGAUAAAUACCCCGUAUGUUGUUAUAAAACUAGAUAUUGAAGGUCAUGAAUGUAGAGCACUCGAAAGGUCGGAAGAUAUUUUAUUUUUGACAAGUUCACCGUUCUCCUCAUUAGCAUGGAAUGGGGAAUUAUGCAAAGGGAGAAGAAUAAGCCAGGUAUUGCCUGUCCAGAAGCAAAUAUCCAAGAAAUGGUUGACAUGCUGACAAGGCGAGGUUUUGUACCGUACUCUAACACCAGUGACAAACGCUUGAAUCCAAAAUUUAAUAAAAAUUGGAAAGACUUCGAUGUUUAUUGGAAACCUAGAAUGGAAUUACUGGGUUCAUGACAUCUCAUUUGUUUUUGUUUGUUUGUUUCAUUUUACGCCUUUUCCCAACAGUAUUUCAGUCAUUUAGGCGGGUAGUUUCCUAACCAUCAUUCCUGGAGAGUUACACCUGUACUAGACUACCUUCCUCAUGUGCUAAACUACCAAAGCAUAUCCCGGGGAUCGAACCCACGCCAGAGAGGUUACUGGACUAGAAGUCAUCGACUCUAAACCCUCGACCACGGCGACAUCUCAUCUAGCAGGAUUUUAUGAGCAAUUUUAUCUAAAGUCACAUCUUAAGAAUGGGGCGUACGUAGCCGACUGGUAAAGGUGUUUGACUUCAAACCACUUGCCGGGGAUUUUGAAUUCCAACUAGCUUACAAAACGCCGAUAGUUCUACUAAGGUUUUCUUUCCUAAUUGCAAUUAUGCACGGAGGGGCACCUGAGGCUUUCUCCACUAAUGAAGUCGGAAACUCUCCCUUAUUUGAUCGGCCAGAAAUCAGCUCAGAAUGCACACUGACAAAUGAAGAUACGGAGAUUUGAAUCUGAACUGAAAAGUUUUAUAACCUCGUGGCCAGAUUCUGAAGUAUAUACGAAUGUGCAUUGGUUACCGAGGAUAUCGAACCUCUUGAUGUUGCUAUAUUUUGAGGGAUAUCUCCUUGAGCAGUGUUUUAACGAUGCUGUAUUAAAUCUGUUCAAGUAAUCGUUUUCGAUGCACUCUACUUUAUGCUUAUGGUUUUGGAUAUGUAUGGAUUGCACAAGAUUUUGGAAAUAAAGACAUACAUUGUAUUUAUUCUAGCCUUUUGUCAUGAUGAUAUAAACAUUGCGUCUCGUUGUUACCAUAAUAAAAAAAAUUAAGAGACAAUUAAACCCUGAACGUUAUCUUUACUGUGAUAUUACGAGAAAAUAUAUGGCUGCUCAUAAAUUAACGAUAGAAAUGUGAAGACAAAACAAUGUACCACCUUGUGAAAGACUAUAUUCCGAUGUUUAGUUUGUUUUAAAACAAUCUGCUUUUAAUUGUGAAUUCCAUGCCAUUUUACAAUGUUCUACGUCAUUAAAAUAGUCUACCUAGUUAUCUCAAUAAAAGGUAUUCAAAUGUAACAGCAAUUGGUGAUUUUUAUUCGAUGGUGAACUCACAAAGUGAAGAAACCAUAAUUAAAUUAUCUGUGUUUGUGUUUCACUUGUUGGAAAGUACGAACUCUUGACUUCAAAAUUUUAUU